AUGCAGAACAAGUGCCAUCACCACCUCGUGCCGGCGCUCGCGCCGUCCAACGGAUUCAGCCGCGGGCGGAAGCGGUCGCGGCGCUGGCUAGUCCGCGCCGCCGCCGGCCUGCGCUCGUCCAGUAACGUCACGCUCGCCGUCGCGCUCACGCGGUUUGUUUCAAGCAUGGACUUGGAGCGCGGAUGCGCCGCCGCCAGCAACUCGGUCUGCGGCGGAGGCGGCGGCGGCAGCGGAGGCGGACCCGAGGACGGAUCCAAGCCCUGCUGGGACGGCGCUGGUGAAGCUGGCGCGGGGGAGGAUUGGCGGGAGGGGCGCGGAAGCGCAGGUGCAGGGGGCGCCGUGAGCAGCGGGGCCGGCGGGAGGAAGAGCAGGCGGAGGAAGAGCGGCGCGUUUAGCCGAGGCCGGCGCGGCGUGGUUGCUUCCGCCUCUGCCCGACGAGGCGCGUUUGUUCUCGACUCGGAACAGCCGCAAUUGGAGGCAUGGAAGAAGAAGGAGAAAGAGAAACGGAAAGGUCGUGAUGAAGAAAAGGAGAAAGAUAAGGAGACAGAGAAGAACGGUAGUAUGGCGAAGGAGACGAAAGCAAAGAAGGGUGGAUCGGGCAGCGAGGAGAAUUCUUCGCUAGAGAAGCGCUUCGGGGACUUGCUGUUCUGGAGAAGCGCGCCGAGCGCGCAACGAGGGGGCACGGAUCGUGUCCCUUCCGGGAAGCGCGCGUCGAGCAGAGUCAUCUGGACCGUACACGCUCCUCCACCCGCCAACGCAUCGCCGUCCGCAUUUUCGCCCUCCUACUCCUCCUCGUCUUCCCGCUCGCAUGCGGGAACGUCACAGCAAGGCAGCAGGGGGAGCAGGGAGACCAAGGGGAACGUCGAGAGCAGCGGGGGAAGCGCGCUCUUCAGCGAGUGGAAGGCGCGCUUUGAGGCGCUGCACCGGAGCAUCCGCGCGGAGGUCGGCGCGGAGCGCUUCCCGGAGCUCCCCGCGCAGUUCCCCCUGGACAUGUCCGCGCUGCUGCUGCGCGCUCGGCCUGCCCACCGUUCAGCAGAAGCUGCACGGGGGUUAGGGCCGGGCUUGAAGGAAAUUCAGCGGACGCACGAGGCGCUGGUGGACGGGAAGAGCAGCAGUGUCAGCAGUGACAGCACCCGGGGAGCAGUCUCGGUUGAAUCUGCAGAUGUGUUGGCCCCUGGAGCAGCAGCAGGAGCAGGAGCAGCAGGAGGAAGAGGAGCGGCGGUGAUGGGAGGGGUGGUGUUACUGAACGUGCUGGCAGCGCUGUAUGGGACGUGCAGUGUGGCGUCUAAGAUGGCGGACAGCCAGGCGCAGGACAUGCCCGCCUCUCUCACUGCUGCCGUGCGCUUCAUUGCUGCUGCGGUGGCGUUUGCUCCUGUCCUUGCCUCCACUCAACUGGGGAACAAAGAAGCGGCGCGGAAGGAGAGCCAGGCGGGAGAGGGCGAGGGAAAGGGAGAAGGCAACGCAGGCGACGAGGCAUGGUGGAAAGACGGGUUGAUCUGGGGAGGGGCGGAGCUGGCCGGGUGGAGUUUCCUGAGCUCUGUGCUGCUGGCACAUGCGAGUUCGGACAGCAGCAGUGCCAGUGCUGUCAUGCUGUACAGCUUCUCGAUCCUCUUCCUGCCGCUCAUGCAUCUCUGCACCGGUCACUCCCUCCCGCGCUCCGCGCUCCUCGCCGUGCUCGCUGCUCUCGUAGCCAUGGGGGUUCUCAACGAGCAGACCCUCGCAUCCGCCGCCUCUCCCCUCCCCGCCCUCCACGGCCUCUCCGCCCCCUCCUCCUCCCUCUCUUCCGUCUCCUCGACAGUCGCCGGCGGGCUUAUCCCCUUCCCAUCCCUCCCCUCGCUCCCGGCGCUCCCUUCGCUCCCCUCCAUUGACCUGGCAACCAUGGCGAGUUCGCUCAUAGCAGGGCUGCAGAUAUUCCGCUCUGAAGCCUUGACUGCUCGCUUUGACCCGCUGCGCCUCUCGGCAGUUCAAGCAGGGUCGCUGGCGCUGCUGGGAGUGGCUUGGGAGGCGGUGCACGUGGCUUCAGGAGGAGGAGGAGGAGGAGGAGGUUUGCACGGCCAUGCUCUCGCUUCCGCUGAUUCUGCUUCUGCCGUUGCUGCUGCUGCCGCUGCUGCUGCUGCUGGAGGGUUCAGCACGGCAGCAGCAGCAGAGGGAGUGGCAGAGCUUUUGGAGCAGCUGCAGCGGCUGCCAUGGCUUCCACUGAUAUACGGUGGUGCUGUGGGUUCUGGCCUCUGUGCGUGGCUGGAGCUAUGUGGUUUGCGCAAGGUGCCUGCUUCUGUCGCAAUGUUGGUUUACACGACGAUUCCGCUCUGGGGAGCGCUUUUUUCUUUCGCUGCCCGCGGCGAGGUGCCCGGGUUUUCGACUGUCCUGGGAGGAGGCAUGAUUGUGCUAGUGAGUCUGGUGGCUCGCGUUAUGCUGGUGGAAGGGGAGAGAAGUGGGGGAGAGAGUGAGGGGAGGGGUGAGGAGAGGAGAGAGGGAUUGGGAGCCGGUGGUGUGGUGGAAGGAGCAGGGGAGGAGGGAACGCGGAAGUCGGAAGAGGGGGAGGGAGAGAAAGGAGAGGGGGGAGAGAAGGAGGUUGGCGGGAAGGCAGCUGGAUUGAAAUGGAAGAAGGCAUGGGAUUCGAUCCUGUCCCGGAAUAGCAGUGCCUCUGAGGCGGCUAUAGAGCUGGUGAAAGAAAAGGAGACUCGAGAGAAUGAGGGCAGAGAGGAGGAGAAGGAGAAGGCCGAAGAGUGGGAGGACGCUGGGGAGGAGGAAGAGGAGGAGGAGGAGGAGGAAGAGGAGGAGGAGGAGGAGGAGGAGGAGGAGGGGAGAGUUGAAGAGGAGGGUGGGGAGGAGGAGGGAGAGAAAGGAGCGGAGAAGAGUGAGCAGCUGUCGGCGGCACUGCUGACAUCGCAGCUCAAGUUCCCGUUCUACGCAGCCCAAGCGAAACACGUGCUGCUGAAGCUCAAGGCCAAGCUUGGAGCCACCAAGACUCUCGCUCUCGCACUCCCCUCGCUUCCCACCCUCCCGUCCUUCCCCUCUCUCCCUUCCUUUUCCCACUUCUUCUCCUCCUCUGCCUCCUCCGCCCCUCCUGCCUCUUCGGCCUUUUCUGCUGCUGCCUCCUUCCCUUCACUUGCAACGUUGCCGUCCCCAGGUGCCGCUACAGCUGCUACGUCUGCUGCUGGUGGUGCCGGCUGGAAGGGGAUAGCUGCAAAAGGCCCUCCUCCUCCUGCCCUCUCUACUGCACCCACUUCCUUCUCCUUCUCCCCCUCCUCCUCCGCUUCCUCCGCCUCGUCUUCCUUGAAUGCCCUGACUUCUGGUCCACACACAGCUGCUGCUGCAUCACCUGUUACCGCUCAUACUCCCCCAGUUCUGUAUCCAAGCUUGUUGCUCAUGCUCCCCUUGUCCCUCCCCAUUCGGUGA